CAAUUGUUCGAUUUCACUGGGCAGACCGUAGUCCAAAUGCUAGUAGUGCCAUUCGGAUCCCUGUCGAUUCCAUCACAGUCGUCCGAUCGGUGCCGGGCCAGCGGACCACGAUAAUAAUAAGACCGAUGCCUUAAAACGUAGCGCAGUGAUCGUUGUUGUGAUAUUUUCUGGAAAUUUCUAAUCAAAAUUUACGUGCAAAAUAAUGGACUCGUGGUUGUCGGUGGACGUGUCGGCCAACGCCUUGACCAGGGACAGCCGAGGCUCCGUCCGAGGAGCGAAAACGUUUAGGUGCAGUUCAGUGCCGGCUAUGUGACGGAGUCGAAAAACAUUUUUUUACUUAACACGCGGCGUUUAUUUUUCCGAUUUGCCUGGAACUUUCGAGACAAUAUUAUAUUAUGGAUAUAUCGUCAGACGUUUGGGGACAGUUAGCAUUAGAAGCUUCUCAGGUGUACAUUGAUGACGGUUCGGGAGGACCUGCCAAGAGUCCGUACUUCGCAACGACAAUUGAAAAGUUACCGGACAAAGUGUUGUUGAACAUAUUUUCGUACUUGAGCCACAAACAAAUAUGUAGCGUUGCUCGAGUUAGUAGAAAAUGGCGCACUAUAGCUUACAACACAUCUCUUUGGUACAGCGUGUCUCUGAGACCUGAGGUGUCAGGACUCCACGUCACGUCUUUAGAUUUCCUGUUGUCUUUAAUAAGCGUGAGAUUCGGCUCUUCGUUGCGGUAUAUCGAACUGCCCAUCGAGCUCAUAACGCACACGGUACUGCACGAGCUGGCCAACAAAUGUCCUAAUCUCACUCACAUGCUUCUCGACUUUUCCACCGCCAUGCAGCUGCACGAUUUCAGCGAGCUCCAAGCAUUCCCGACCAAACUGAAGUACCUUUGCGUUUGCCUGUCCGAAGUUAUCUUCAUGGAAGGGUUCAUGCGGAAGAUUUACAACUUUAUCAACGGACUGGAAAUACUGCAUUUAAUAGGAACUUACGAAAAAGUCGAAGAAGAGGAGGAAGAGAUCUACGAGGUGAUAAACGUGCACAAACUCAAAUCGGCCACUCCCAACUUGAGGGUAAUUAAUCUCUACGGUAUUAACUUUGUGGACGACAGCCAUAUAGACGCGUUCAGCUCGAAUUGUAUACAGCUGGAGUGUCUGGCCGUCAAUUACUGCGCCAAGGUGACAGGUUCCACGAUGAAGACCUUGUUUCAGAGGAGCAAACGGCUCAGGUGUCUUCUCAUGAAUCAAACGAAUCUAAUCAGCGAAUACGUGAUGCAAGUGGACUGGGAAAAGUCUUCGAUCCAAGAGCUGGAUGUGAGUGCCACAGAUCUUUCGACCGAGUGCCUAAUAGACAUGUUGGUCCGGAUACCUAACCUUAAGUUCUUAAGCGCCGGUCAGAUAAACGGGUUCAACGACACUGUGCUGAGCGCGUUCAUGGAACAGGGAAACGCCAGGAGUUUGAUCGCCCUAAACUUGGACUACUCGGAUAACUUGACGGACGAAGGGCUGUACAAGUUUUUGUCCCGACACGGCCAUCAGCUUCAGGGCCUCUCGCUGGCUGGAAUGCCGCACAUCACUGAUCAAUUGUGGAACACUGUACUGCCCGUGCUCACCAACGUCAAGAUAAUGGUAAUGGGUACCCAAGAAAGAUUGGCCGGUAACAUACUGGUGGAUCAGCUCAUGGACGGCAUUGCAACGAACUGUCCGAAACUGGAAAGACUGGAGCUGAAAUGGGACCCGGACAACUUGAGGUUCUCCGACAAAAGUCAAAAAGCCAUAGACAUAUUUCGAGUCAAAUGUCUAAAGCUUCGGUGUCUGGUUUUAAGUGAUGGGAGAUAUUACGAAAUAGUGAAAGCCAACUUCGAGAGAGCAGACCGUUUAACUGUGGUCAGGACCACUACGUGCUGUAGCGUGUCCAACUAUUACCUGCUGCACAACUACAAAGAUUUGAUAUUCAAUUAGCCUUUGAGUGUACGAUAUACGAAUAAGAUAUGAAUGUAAAAUUAAGUACAAUUUAAUAUAAGUUAUUGUGACUAUAUUA